AUGGCCAGACAAACGUUGAUCCCCAUCCUGGCCGGCUUCUGCCUGUGCCUCUGUCUGUGCUUCUCGGAUGCAGAUGCGGCCAGCGAUGGUUCCAAUGCGGCACAGAUAUUGAAAUACGAGAAUGAGAAAAUGGAUGGCGACGGCUAUGCCUUUUCGUUCGAGACGAGCGAUGGUAUAUCGCGGCAGGAGACAGCCACUCUGAAGCAUCCCGGUACGCCGUUGGAGGCCAUUGCCGUCCAAGGCAGCGUCAAUUGGGUGGGACCCGAUGGUGAGCACUAUAAACUCAACUAUCUGGCUGAUGAGAACGGUUUCCAGCCGCAGGGCGAGCAUUUGCCACAGUUGGAAGCCACUCGCACGGCCUGA